UGCUAUUAUUUGUGCAUAUAUUUUGUCACAACCAAUCAAUGAUUCGCAUGUGCUUCUCUACAAUUCAACCAAACCAAAACCCGUUGCCUCUCUCUCUCACACACACACACACACGACCAAAGAGGCAAAAGCCCAACACAAGUUUAUGACACAAAGAUCCCCUGAGCUACCGAAAUUCAAUGGAACUUUUUGUUGUGUGUUGAAGAAGGAGGAAUGGGAGAGGCAGGGCAGAUAAAGAGGGCUUUGAUUGAUGCCACCGCCGGCGCGAUUUCUGGUGCUGUUGCCAGGACUGUGACAUCCCCUCUUGAUGUAAUCAAGAUUAGGUUUCAGGUUCAGCUGGAACCAACUACGCAGUGGGCUUUGCUUCGUAGAGAUGUGUAUGGUCCGUCAAAGUAUACCGGUAUGCUGCAAGCAACGAAAGACAUCUUUCGGGAAGAAGGAUUUUUGGGCUUCUGGAGGGGCAACGUUCCGGCACUUCUUAUGGUCAUGCCGUAUACUGCAAUACAGUUUGUAGUUAUGCAGAAGUUAAAGGCAUUAAUUUCUGGUUCUUCUAACCCAGAAAACCAUCUGAGGAUAAGCCCGUAUCUUUCGUACGUUAGUGGAUCAGUGUCGGGGUGUGCUGCCACUAUCGGCUCAUACCCGUUUGAUCUUCUUAGGACGAUCUUGGCAUCACAGGGCGAGCCGAAGGUUUAUCCAAACAUGAGGUCUGCACUCUCCAAUAUACUCGAAACUCGUGGGCUUCGUGGUUUGUACGCUGGCUUGGCACCUACGCUCGUUGAGAUCGUCCCUUAUGCCGGCUUGCAGUUUGGAACCUACGACACGUUCAAGCGUUGGACCAUGGCUUGGAAUCGGAGCACGUCUCGUUAUCCGGGACGAGAGAACGACGUCCUCACGGACGUCGAGGUUUCUGUCUGCGGCCUAGCUGCCGGAAUAUGCGCUAAAGCCGUCUGCCAUCCCCUUGAUGUGGUGAAGAAGAGAUUUCAGGUACGUCGUUUCCGGCAUUCGAGAUCUCGAUGGGCAGAGUUGAUACCGUCUUACGAAAACUCGACUCGUAGGUCCAGGGCCUGCAGAGGGAUCGGAGAUACGGGGCUCGAGUCGAGCCCCGUGCGUACCGGAACAUGCACGACGCCGUCGUCCAAAUCCUACGUGCGGAGGGGUCGGCCGGGCUGUAUAAGGGCAUCGUCCCGUCGGUCAUCAAAGCUGCGCCGGCUACCGCCGUCACAUUUGUAGCCUUCGAGUUCGCGUCGAAAUGGUUGAAGAGUUGAAGCAAGCUUUGUAGCUUAGUGGUAUUCCUUGUUUCAGGUUCACAUUGAAUUGUGUAUAGCCAUUUAUUAUGGGAAGCCUCUCAAGAAAACAAGAAGGGGAAGCCUCUCAAGUUUAGGCCAUGUUUUUCUCUAUUGUUUCCAAUAAUAUUGGCAUAGCAUUUAGUAUUGAA